AUGUCUCCUCCUCGAAGAACUAGAAAAGUUUAUGGUGUUGAAAAAACUCCAGGUCAUCGAUUCAAAUGUCCAAGUUCCGGAUGUCACUGUUCGUUCGUAAAGUAUGAAAGGCUAGAGAAACACCUACAAGACAUCCAUCUUACAACAAUACAAGGAAUAAGGCAUAAUCAAAACGCGAGACAAAUUCAACGCGAUUAUGAUAGCAUUGCCUUCUCUUUCAAAAAUAAUAUGUGUAAACAACUUGAUGAAAUUUAUGAAAAGCUAGAGAUUGCCGAAAAUAAAUACCUACCAUUAACCGAAUACGAGUAUCCUCAGAUUGGUGAAUUCAGGCAAUGUCGUAAUAGUAUUACCUUAUUAAAAGUGGAGAUCAGUAGAUUUAAUGAGAAGCAAAUUCGCCUUAUCAAUAGCAUUUUGGUUAAUAAAGUUGCCGCGGAAGAAAAGGAAAAAGUAGCAACACUUGUUAAAAAACUUCGUGAGGAAAUUAAAUUACUUAUGAACGAGCUUAAUAAAAAAAAUAAAAAGAUAAAGGAGUUGGAGGAAAAAUAUAUAGCUUUAAAUGCGAAAUAUCACGCUCUUAAAAAGGAUCACGAUACUGGCGAUGGUCAUUACAUGGAAAGCCGACAAUUUUUUGAAGAGGCCGAAGCAACUAAUAGAAGAAAUCGCGAGCUAGAAAAUAAUCUACAUUUAUUAGAGCAACAGAAUGUAGAAUUAUCUAAAGAAAUCGAAGAAUUAACAAACAAAAAAGCGACACUUUCUGAAGUUGUCUAUAUUAUAGAUUAA